AUGGAGAACGAAAAGGAAAAUCUCUUUUUCGAGCCACAUAAAAGGGGACUGGUGAAAACACCUCUGAAAGAAUCCACCGCAGCAAAUAUAGUGUUGGCGGAGAUCCAACCUGACUUUGGCCCUUUAACCACACCCACCAAGCCCAAGGAGAUCUCCCAGGGAGAACCGUGGACACCAACAGCCAACCUAAAAAUGCUAAUCAGUGCCGUGAGCCCAGAGAUCCGCUACAGAGAUCAGAAAAGGGGUUUGUUUGACAACGGAAAUGGAUUACCUGAGGCCAGAGAUUGUUUACAUGAACACUUAUCUGGAGACGAAUAUGAGAAAUCCCAACCCAGUCGAAAAGAGAAAAGUUUAGGACUGUUGUGUCAUAAGUUCUUAGCUCGAUAUCCCAACUAUCCCAACCCUGCUGUGAAUAACGACAUCUGUCUUGAUGAAGUAGCCGAGGAACUUAAUGUUGAGCGCCGACGCAUUUACGAUAUCGUCAACGUUCUAGAGAGUCUGCACAUGGUGAGCCGGCUUGCCAAAAACAGAUACACUUGGCACGGCCGACACAACCUCAACCAAACCCUUGGGACUCUGAAGAGCGUCGGGGAAGAGAACAAGUACGCCGAGCAGAUUAUGAUGAUCAAAAAGAAAGAAUAUGAACAAGAGUUUGACUUUAGUAAGAGUUACCGUAUAGAGGAUCCGAUCAUCAAAUCAAACACUGGCCAAAACGGACACCCAGACAUGUGUUUUGUCGAACUUCCUGGAGUGGAAUUUCGGGCAGCCUCUGUAAACAGCCGCAAAGACAAGUCUUUAAGAGUGAUGAGCCAGAAAUUUGUGAUGCUAUUUUUGGUGUCAACGCCUCAGAUAGUGAGCCUGGAAGUUGCUGCCAAGAUUUUAAUUGGGGAGGACCAUGUGGAAGAUUUGGAUAAAAGCAAGUUUAAAACAAAAAUUAGGAGGUUGUAUGAUAUAGCUAAUGUUCUGAGUAGCCUGGAUCUUAUCAAGAAAGUUCACGUUACAGAGGAAAGAGGCCGAAAACCAGCUUUUAAAUGGACAGGCCCAGAAAUCAGUCCAAAUCCCAGUGGUCUUGGCCCAGUGCUUCCUUUUGCUCCCUCUGAUUUGGAAGGGAGGCGGUCUUCUAAAGAGAACUGUGCCAAAAACCUCUUUUCCGCACGUGGGAAACCAAACUUUACUCGACACCCAUCUCUCAUCAAACUGGUAAAGAGCAUAGAAAGUGAUCGGAGAAAGAUAAAUUCUGCUCCCACUAGCCCUAUCAAAACCAACAAAGCUGAGAGUUCUCAGAAUUCUGUGACUUUCCCCAGUAAAAUGGCUCAGCUCGCAGCUAUUUGCAAAAUGCAGUUAGAAGAGCAAUCAAGUGAACCCAGAAAGAAAGUGAAAGUACAACUGGCAAGAUCUGGGCACUGCAAACCAGUGGCCCCUCUGGACCCUCCAGCAAAUGCUGAGCUAGAGAUGACAGCACCGUCCCUCAUCCAGCCCCUGGGGGUGGUCCCCCUCAUCCCCAGCCCAUUGCCAUCGGCAGUGCCCGUGAUCCUACCUCAGGCCCCUUCGGGCCCAUCAUAUGCCAUCUACCUGCAGCCUGCCCAGGCCCAAACGAUGACGCCGCCCCAAGGCCUGAGCCCCACGGUCUGCCCCACCCCCUCUUCUAACGCCACGAGAUCAAAAGGUUCCACGGAUACCACCACAGAGAAUGCAGCCAAUGAUGCACCGAAGUCCAGUGCCUCUGCCAGGCCUGGAAGCUUGCUGCCAGGGCUAGAGCGACAAGGUACAAAGAACCGAGACAGGGAGCCUGCUGGAGAAAGAGGCUCAAAGAGGGCAAGCAUGCUCGAGGACAAUGGUUCCAAAAAGAAAUUUAAAGAAGACCUAAAAGGACUUGAAAAUGUCUCCACAACCUUGUUCCCAUCAGGAUACCUAAUCCCUCUUACCCAGUGCUCAACCCUGGGGGCAGAGUCCAUUUUGUCUAGUAAAGAAAGCUCAGGUACACUUUCCCCAAACCACAGGAUCUACAGCUCCCCGAUUGCAGGUGUUAUUCCAGUGACAUCAUCUGAACUCACUGCUGUUAAUUUUCCCUCUUUUCAUGUAACACCUUUGAAGCUAAUGGUCUCACCAACUUCCGUGGCAGCCGUCCCUGUCGGGAACAGCUCGGCUCUCACUUCGAGCCACCCCGUUCCCGUCCAGAACCCGAGCUCAGCCGUUGUAAACUUCACUCUGCAGCACUUGGGCCUCAUCUCCCCUGGUAUGCAGGUGUCCGCCAGCCCCGGGCCUGGAACCGUUCCUGUGUCUCCAAGAAUAGAGGCUGUUAGUGUCACACCGGAAAAUGCAGGCACUCAGCAAGGAAGGGCCACCAAGUACGACGUAUCAGUCCUGGGCCAGAACCAAACAAAUGGACAAUCAGUUGCAGUGACAGGGGCACAACAGCCUGUUCCUGUGACACCCAAAGGGUCCCAAUUAGUGGCUGAAAGCUUCUUCCGUACCCCAGGUGGACCAACGAAGCCGAAAGGCUCCUCCUGCGUGGAUUCCGACGGUGCUAAUAACACCUCCAUAGGAACUCUCUUUGUUCCACAGCGAAAACUGGAAGUCUCAACGGAGGAUGUCCAUUAA